AACUCCCUCUUAUCUGAGCUCCUCCUAACAAUAGCAGCCCUGUUUUCCAUGUCACUGUGGAGAGAGACACACACGGAGAAACAGUACUGUAGCCAUGAGCCAGACAGCUAAGGAGCUGUUAAUCAUCUAUGAGACAGAGGCAGAGCAAUGGGCCACCUACCUGCACUCAGUCUUCACUGGUCCAAUCUCAGAGGCCGGGAUCUGCUGCUAUGACAUCGCUUCAGCGCCAGCGGGGCGGCGUUUGGACGACUUCUCGAGGCUGGCCGAGUACACCUGCAAGCUCCUGAUCCUCUCCAAAGGCAUGCUGGAGGUUCUCAGUCAGAUGCAACGCUUCUUCCUGGCCCGUGUUUUGAGUCCUGCAGCUCAUGUGGUGGUUCUGCUGUGCGGGGUGGAGAGUCUGACCCCGCUGCUGGAGCUGGUGCCCCUGAACGCAGACGAGUGCCUGCAGAUCUCCAGUGAACAAGAUGCUCAUGAAUACCUGUCUGCUGUCACUGAUAUUGUGAAGAAAGCCUCCACAGCAAAUGUCAACCCUUUAACAUGUAAACCAACAAGAUCAGAGGAAAACAUGGCACAAAAGCAGUCGACUGAAGCCCACAGUGACACAUCAAGAAGCGUGGUGGUCGUUCCUUCCAGAGUGCUUUGCGGGAGCUCCAUGGAAGUGUUCAUUCUUUUGAAAAAUGAGGCGGCUGGCAGCGACACCGAGGUUGAGUUCACUGGUGAGAAUCAGACAGUGAGAGUGAAGCCUGUCCGCUGGAACGAGCAGAUCCUGUGCAUCAAUGCACCAGAUUUUCCAGGAGGAAAUGUUGGAGUUACUGUGUAUAUCAAUGGAGUGCCGCUGAGCAAGGCACAGUUGCAGUACUACACCAACAUGGAGGAAAUAACCUGCCUUCUGGCCAGGGCUGCAGACCCUGUGGAUUUUAUGUGUCAGGCUUUUCAGGAGUCGUCUGUGGAGAGGUUGGAUCAGAAGUUGUCCUCGAUGCUGUUGGAGGGAAUGCCCACCGGAGGCUUUCAGGGACUGAACAGUGAAAACACACCUGAAAGAGAGCUCCACCACGCAGAAGUACCAACACUCCUCCACUUUGCUGCCCAGUAUGGACUAAAGAGAGUCUCCAGCCUCCUCCUGCAGUGUCCAGGCGCCGAGCGAGCCCUGCGCACAGCCAAUUGCCACAGGCAGACUCCCGCUGAGAUUGCCAAACAUCAAGGCCAUACAGAGCUACAUGUCCUAUUGAAGGAAACACUGAAUAUGUUCAACGCUGGCGAGGACAAUGGCGAUUCCAGCGUUUACGAAAUGAUGUGCGCCGCAGGGACUCCCUCUUUCACAGAUGUGCACAAAGAGCAAAAAGGAGAGAAGGAAAAGGAGGAGGAGGAGAUCUACGCACCACUGGAGGUGAAUGAUGAAUAUGACAGCAUGCUGAACUCAACAAACGCUGUUGUUAUCGCCAAUCGCCCACCGGCACCCACUCCUCGGCCUGAGAGCAGCCAUGUGAAGGAGGACAGAACCCCGUACAUCACUAAAGUGUUCCAGAAGAAGGCACCACUGGGGAAUGCUGAUCUGUAUUCACUUCCCACCAAACAAGCAGCACGCGGGAGAGAAGACAGCAUCUCCUCCACCUAUGACACCUUCUUGCCAAACCAGGGGAACGGGCUUCAGCCGCUCACUGAGCUCCAGCAGAGGGUGAAGGCAGGUUCACUCACCGUGGACGGGAACCUGGAGCGCUCCAGCGACCUGCAGCGGGGCCAGAAGGCAGUCGAUAACAUCCAGGAGGAGAAGAAGUCGAGUCAGCUGGGAGUCAGUACCAUCAACAACAGAGUGGAUGAUGACAGUGUGUACGAUAAAAUCGACCUCGUCCAUCAAACUCAGAGUGUUGCAGGGACGCGGGUCGAAGAGGAAGCCAGGCAGUGGAGUCUGAAUUUUACAGCACGCCGCUUAAAGGACAGCAUUCAAAUUAAUUUUCCAAAGCCGACAAAUAGUGAAGGCUCAAUUGUUCAAUAUGCACUCAAAUCUUCAAUCAAUCAUGCAAGUUAAAUGUUUAACUAACAAGUCGUUUGAAUUGUAUUACUCAUAAAGUUUUGUAUUUAAAAGUAUAAUAUGUAGUCACAUUUUGAUUCAGGUCUAACAGAUUUUAGAGGUAUUUUUCUGGUUUUAAGAAAAUGGUUUUCACAUUCUGUACAAUAAGGGCAAAUUUCCAUUUUUAAUUCAUUUUAUAUUUUAUUUGAAUAAAUUAAUGCCGUGAAUGUUUCCCACAUGAAACAACCUUGUUGAUUUUGAAGAUUUAACUGUUGGAGAAAAGACUAUUUCUUCUGCAGUGAGUUCAAUAUCUACACGUCGAAGAUAAUUCAUCUGCUACAAGUGUACUACAACACUUAUUGAAUGUUUUUCAGCCAAAAAGUUAACAUUUAAAAACUAUGAAUUCAUGGAUAAACAAGGGGUUGAAAGGGAAAAAAAAGGAAUCUUUUCCCCAGCAAAUCUUAGCCUGAAUAACCUUUCAUAUCUUCGCCAAUAGAGGGCGCUCUAUCUCUAAAUAUAUCCAUCACAUUUACUGUUUGAAGCAGCCAAAGACAUCUGGUGAGCCCAGGAGCACCUGCUGACCUCCUGAUGGCUGGGAGGCAUUCUAUGGGAAAAAGAAAUGUUUCCAUACAUGUUUAUGUAUGUAAACCAAGUGUAAAAAUACUUGUGCAGCAGGUGAGAACAUCAGUGAAGCGGUUCAUGCUGUGCCUGGAUGCAAACAGGAAACUGUCGCCUUGGUUUGGACCAGCCAAGGCAUGAAAGAUCCUCUCAUUAAUGAUGCAUUCAUUUAAUAAAAUGCUAAUUGUAAAACUAUCACAACUUAGCUCAAUGGAAAGAUUUAAAAAAUGUUUGAUUUUCCUGUGAAGUUCACUGUGUAAAGCCGCCACAGAAAAAUGUAUCAUACGUAUAAAUGUUUCAGGCAUUUUGAAAUGAAUAAAAACAUUUCCUUUAUUGA